UUUAAUAGAUCGUUUUUCUCUGUCAAAACCCUAACAACUAAAAAUACCUUAAAACUAGGGUUUUGGAGAGACUCCGCAGUAUUGUUCUUGCUCUCUUCUCCUUUCCAAGAAAAGCAUCAACCUAUUCUCUCAGUUAUAAAUUAUGGGCAAGUCUAGCAAGAAAUCAACCCCUAAAGUUGAUGCUGCUGCUGCUGUAACCCCCGCCCCGAAGUCUGGGAAGAAAGGUAAAAGAGAAGCUGAAGAAGCUGUAGAGAAGCUUGUCAGUGCAAAGAAACAGAAGAUAGAUCAAGGGGUAAAACAGUCUGUUGUGAAGGAAAAAGUUGCAGUGAAGACUGUGAAACAGAAGAAAGAGGAAUCCAGCAGUUCUGACGACUCCUCUUCUGAGGAAGAGCAGAAGGCUAAAUUUGUUGCCAAGAAGGUCCAAAAGGCAACAAAACCACCUGUAGAAUCUAGUAGUGAGGAAUCCUCCUCAGAUGAAGAGGACUCUCCCCCUAAAGCUGCUCCAUCAAAGAAACUGCAAACAGCUGCUAAAAAUGGCUCUGUUCCUGCUACUAAAGGGAAGGCAGAUAGCAGUUCAUCAUCUUCAGACGAUGAUGAUACUGAUGAAGAAGAGGUUAAACCUGCAACCAAGAAGGAUGUCAAGGCUACAAAACCACCUGUUGAUGAAUCUAGCAGUGAGGAAGAAGAUUCCUCUUCGGAUGAGGAGCCUUCCGUUCCUCCAAAGAAGCAGCAAGUAGAUGCCAAAAAUGGCUCUAUUGGUGCUCCUAAGGAUGUCAAGGCUACAAAACCUACUGUUGAUGAAUCUAGCAGUGAUGAAGAAGAUUCCUCUUCUGACGAGGAGCCUGCAACUAAAGCUUCCCUUCCUCCAAAGAAGGAGCAAGUAGAAGCCAAAAAUGGCUCUGUUGGUGCUCCUAAGAAAGGCAAUGCCAAUGGCAGUGACUCAGAUUCAGAUGAUGAAUCUGAAGAGGAUGAGAAGAAGUCAUCAAAGCCAGCCUCCCAAGUGAAGAAGUUGCCUGCAACUGGCACUAAGAAAAGCGCUGAUGAGUCAAGUGAUACUUCAGAGUCUGAUAGCUCCUCAGAUGAGGAAACUGAUACUCCUGCAAAGGCUCCUGCCUCCAAGAAGUCUGCUGUACCAGCUACCAAUAAAAAGACUGAAUCAAGUGACAGUUCUGAAGAUGACGAUUCUGAUGAAUCCUCAGAUGAGGAUGAGGCUCCUGCGGCUAAGGCUGCUGUUGGUUCCAAAAGGGAAUCUUCUGCAGCAGCUCAAACAAAGGAAUCAAAACAGCAUAAAAUGGACCUUGAUAAAGAUGACAGUGAAGAUGAUAGUUCUGAGUCUGAGGAAACUGAUGACGACUCACCUAAGAAUAAAAAGGUGAAGGUAAAUAAAAAGGAGAGCAGCAGUGAUGAGGAAAGCUCCAGUGAUGAUUCAGAUGAGGAAGAAAGUGAGGAUGAAAAACCAAAGAAAAAUGGAACUGAUGUGGAGAUGGUUGAUGCUGUGACUCCUAAACCAACCAAAAAGGCCGACUUGACUGCUAAGAAAGCUCCCAAAACUCCAGUUACUCCUGAUGCCACUGGAUCAAAGACAUUGUUUGUUGGAAACCUGUCUUUCCAAGUUGAACAAGCAGAUGUGGAAAAUUUUUUUAAGGAUGCUGGUGAAGUUGUUGAUGUACGCUUUGCUGUAGAUCAAAAUCAGAGGUUUAAGGGCUUUGGACAUGUUGAAUUUGCCACGCCUCAAGAUGCACAGAAUGCUCUUAAAUUGAAUGGUCAAGCUUUAAAUGGCCGGGAAGUUAGACUUGAUUUGGCUCGUGAAAGGGGUGAAAGGGCUCCAUAUACACCAUAUAGCGGUAAAGAGAACAAUUCAUCCCAGAAGGGAGGGAGAGGACAGGGUCAAACAAUUUUUGUUAGGGGAUUUGAUAAGUUCCUUGGUGAAAAUGAGAUUAGGAGUUCACUUGAAGAGCAUUUUCAAGAUUGUGGAGAAAUUACAAGAUUAUCUAUCCCAACUGAUUAUGAAAGUGGAGCAAUUAAAGGGAUGGCAUACUUGGAAUUCAAGGAUUCCGAAGCUUUCAACAAAGCUUUAGAGCUUAGCGGUAGUCAGCUUGGAGACCAGUACCUAACAGUUGAAGAAGCAAAACCAAGGGGUGGUGAUAACCGCGAGGGUUGGGGCAGUGGUAGAGGUGGAGGCAGAAGCGGUGGCGGGCGAAGUGGUGGUAGAGAUAGUGGUGGUCGUUUCGGUGGUAGAGAUGGAGGUGGUCGUUUCGGUGGUAGAGGUGGAGGUGGAAGAGGUGGUGGUGGUCGUGGCAGAGGACGCGGAACACCUAACAAACCUGCUGUCUCAACAGGGAAGAAGACAAAAUUCAACGACGAUGAUGAGUAAAACGAAUAUUAUAUUUUUGUUAUCGUCUAAUUAAAGUACUUAUUUUGCUAGUUAUAGCACAAGAUUUUGUUUGCCUUGGUUGACUUGCGUCAUUUAAUUUUUUACAGACAAUGUCUAUGGCGACUCUAGUUGUCUUCUUAUAUGCUUACAUGGCACUAUUGUAGUUUGUAAUUUACAUGAUUAUUUCCUCCUUAGUAUGUUAUUGUUGCUGCGCAUUUGUUUA